CAGGUAUCUACUAAUCCAAGUGCAGUGGGUGGGUGCAGUUGUAAAAGUUCAUUUAUGGUGAAGCUGUAAUUUGACACUUCAAUAACAUUCAGCCAAAUAAUCAGUAUUACUCUUAGCUAGUCAUGGUUCAUUGCAGUCAAAAGACAGUUCUAUACUAAUCCUUCUGGUAUCUAAUUUAUCCAUUGUUAUCUACUUCCGCCGUUUGAGCGCAAGACCUGCAUUAUGAAACAGGCAGUUUACACAAUUUGUACUCAAGAGGUCACGGGUUCUUUAUUUGUACAUGUCAAUUUUUCGCCUUUUUGGAGCUAGUUGGAAGUGCAGGAUGUAACUGUUAAAUUAGGCAGACACAUAUGCUGUUGUAUUAUAUGCGGCAAUAAUUCCAGUUGAAGAUACAACUCAGUUUUGGUUGGAAAUUUGUACGAGGAAUUUUGAAGUGGAGAAAUUUCAAUCAGCAUUUUACUGCCUGCCUUGCCUAUAGCUAUUGAAAUGAAGGCUCUGUGGGAGAAGCAUAUUAUCUAGUGUCCGUCCCUAUCCACUGUGGUAGAAAAGUUCUGAUCAAGCAAAGCUUUGUCAAUGAUCAUAAAGUCUCUUCAUUUUGCAAGUCCAACUAGAAAUUACUGAAUUUGGACGUAUGCUUCAUUUGUGGGUCUUAACGUGGAGUGUUCUAUUUCUGCACUUAUAUUUCUUUUGUCUCAGUUACUAAAGCGGUAAUAGUCAAAAUAUGCUCGGGACAGGGUAAAUUUCAUGGAACUUAUGGUUGCUGAUGGAACAUGUUCAGAUGAUUGGUAGAGUGGUAGAGUGUAUAAAAAUAAUUCUCAAUAUAGUAUAAUGGUAAUGAUGAGAUUAGUUAUAUUAGGGCUAUUUUCUUUUCACGUGUAUUAACGGCAGUUCUUUUUGAAAAAAAUAAAAAAAUCUAUGUUUAUCAA